AUGAAGGACAACAGCGAAGUGUUGCAAGAUUGCUUGCAGUGUUGCCAGUCUCAGUACUUUUCUGCUACACCUCCUGAAUUAUGGCGAAUCCUUUGCAAAUUUUCAUCCUCAAAUGUGCCUGAGCGAAACUUAUAUUCCUUCAUACAACAGGCAUAUUUUGAUAGUAAAAAACAGCCUGAUUCGAAAAAAUCUGUUGGUGAAAAAAUUGAGCAACCAUCAACAUCAAGAGAAAGCAGUAGUAGAGAAAUACAACCACCUCAGCCAUCACUGACCACAAAUACUAGUGGUUCAAGUAAAAGUGGCACUGAUAUAAGGGAUUUUUUCGGACCCGGCAAGGAAAAACAACCAUCUUCAAAUACUGCAAAAAGUGAAGACGGCCCAAAAAAUGUCGAGGCAAGCAGGGUAACUGAAGAGACUUGUGAUUUUGAAGAGGAUAUCAUUGAGGGUACACCCCAACUACUGUGACAGACUUUAAAUACAAAAAGAAAACGAAAAUAAAGGCAAAAUUCACUGAGGAAGAAAUUGUUCAGAAAUUGCCAAAGACAGAUAUAGCCUUACUAAUGGAUGAUUUGGAAGGCGUCUCCAAACCCAAAAUGAAAAAUCACAACCAGAUUCUCUCUUGACGCAGAUUGAUAAGAUGCCGAGAAAGACGAAAGUAUUGAAAGUGGAGGAUCAAACACUUGUUGCUAGUGCCUUUACUAUUGAUGAAGAAAUGGAUGUUGAUUUCGCAGAAAUGUCGACAAGCAAAGAGGAGAACAAAACACCGAAACGUAAAAUUUCAGAUUAUUUUAAUAUCAAAUCCAAAAAUAACUGAUUGUAAUUUAUUUUGCUAAUCUGUAAUGUUAAAAAAAACUUAAUUCCU